AGGGGGAGGGCGGGGCGCCGGCCCGCGGGGGGGCGGAGCAAGAUGGCGGCGGUACCGGCGCUCCCGGUGUCCCUGUCGGGCAGGUUUAAGGGAUCCUUUGCAUAUUUUACAAUUAAAGACAGACUGCCCCAGAUCCUCACAAGAGUUAUUGAUACUCUGCAUCGACAUAAAAAUGAAUUUUUUGAAGAACAUGGUGAGAAGGGUGUUGAAGCGGAGAAGAGAGCUAUAUCUUUCCUCUCCAAGCUGCGGAAUGAGCUGCAAACAGACAAGCCAGUGACCCCUUUGGAAGAUGAGCUGCCUGAUGCUGCGCUGUGGAACCAAUACCUGGACUACCAACGAAAUUUACCAAAUGGAAGUGGAGAACCAAGUUGGUUUCAGUCCCCUUGGCUGUAUGUAGAGUGUUACAUGUAUCGAAGAAUCCAUGCAGCAUUAGCACAGAACCCACCUAUUGACAACUUUGACGUAUUUAAGGAAGGAAAGGCUCAAAAUUUCUUUGAAUCCCAAGAAGCUGUUAUUGCCUUAUGCACUUACUUUCAGGAACUUCUUAAGAACAUCAAGGAUCUAGAUGAAAAGCAACUUAAGGAGGAACUUUUUAAGCUAUUGCAGGUGUCAUUGUGGGGCAAUAAGUGUGACCUUUCUUUUUCAGCUGGUCAAGACAGCUCUCAGAAAUCUAGUCCCUUGCAAUCCCUGGAAAACAUGGUACCUUACAUCUUAGUGAAUGAUAUGGAAAAAGUUUGGUCACUACUUGUAAAUGCCAAAAAAAAUAGAACAGAAAGAAGUAAUGUUAGAGUUGACAUAAUCCUGGAUAAUGCUGGAUUUGAACUUGUAAGUGAUCUUGUGUUGGCUGAUUUCUUGCUAUCAUCAAAGCUAGCCGAUGAAGUCUAUUUUCAUGGAAAAAGUAUUCCAUGGUACGUAUCAGAUACCACAAAGCAUGAUUUUAACUGGACUAUUAAACAACUGGGGUCAGCUAAUCAUAUGUGGAUGUCUAGAUGUGGGAUAAACUGGGAGGGCAAUUUGAAAAAGGGAGUUUGGGUUUUCUGUGACCACAUGUUUUGGACUUUACCACAUGACUUUUCCAGUAUGAGUGAAGUUGCUCCUGACUUGUAUGCUGAGCUACAGAAGUCAAACUUGCUUCUUUUCAAAGGUGAUCUAAACUAUAGAAAAUUGACAGGAGAUAGAAAAUGGGAACACAGUGUCCCAUUUCAUCAAGCCUUGAAUAAGUUUCAUCCUGCACCUCUCUGUAGUUUGAGAACACUGAAAUCUGACACUCAGGUUGGCCUAAAACCUGGACAAGGUGAGCAAGUUCAGGCUUCUGAACCUGAGUGGAUGGAAUCUCACGAUCACGUUCUUUUGGAUAUUUCUGUCACUAGAGAGCAGAUGAGUCACUAUCGAGCUGCAGCUGAAACUGCUCAAAGUGAACUUGCAGCACUUUCAGUGAAGUAUGACUGUGCCCAGUCAGAGCUUCUUAAACUCAGAUCGAGCAUGAUCUCUAAAGAAGUUUCUUUUCAAGAGCUGAAGGCUGAAGCUGACAGCUGUAAGGAAAACAAUGCCAGACAGAUGUCUCGCCUCCUGUCUCUGCAAACACAAAUCCAGGAGAUGGAAAAAGAUCUGUGUGUACUUGCCACUUCUAAAAACCAGGCUGAGCUGACAGCUCAGGUGGCAUAUAAGGAAAAUUUGGAGCUGAAGGAGGAGCUUCAUGAGAAAAAUGCCAAACUUAAUAAAUAUUUGAAUGAGUGUAAAGAAAACAUGACUCAAGCUUCUAAAAUCAGCAAAAACUAUGAAGAGCUCCUUACACAGAUUUCUGGAUUCUUGGACAUAGACAUCAGAGAAACAGAGAAACCACAGGAACGUUUAACAUCAAAGGUCUCUGAAAUAUGUAAAGAAAAUCUGUCACUAAAAGACCAGGUUGCUGCUCUUCAAGAAGCUGUGAAUGUCCAUGAGAUGGAGUCCAAAGCUAACAGAGAAACUAUCAUGAGAUUAGUUUCAGAAGUGGCCAAGGAGCAGAAAAAGGCAGCAGGAUACUACCAAGACAUGGAAAAACUUAAUAAGGAUCUUGACAGUGCUAUAAUAAAGAGGCAGAGUUUAGAGAUGGAGAUCAGAAACCUCCAAGAGAAACUGACUGUUAACCAGAAAGCUUUGGAAACCUCAAAGCAGGAACUGCACAAUUUGAAGAAAUCUUCCAGGGAGCUAGAUGCAAACUUGAAGAGCAGCAGAGAAGAGGCCAGGACUGCUCAGACCUCUUUAAAGGCUUUUAAAGAAGAAAUUGCUACCCUGCUCAGCCAUGGAUCUGCAAUAGUUAAACCUUCUGAGAAAGCCAUUUUGGAGAGGAUCCAAGAAAUAAAUCACAAAGAGGAGACUAAAGAAAUAAUGGUAUCUCAGCUUGAAACCCAAUUAGCUAAAUUGGGUGAAACUUUGGAAAAUCAGACCAGAUUGUACCAUGAAGCCCUGGAGAGGAGCAGUAAAGCUGAAAAAUGUUCAGAGAAUUUCCACGAUCAGCUGAAGCACUUGGAAGAGGAAUUAUUAACUGGAGGCCUGAUGCAAGAUGGAUUGAAGCUUGAGAAACAAAAAUAUCUGAAAUUUCUGGAGCAACUUAAUGAGAAGAUGAAGCUGGAUAGCCUAGCAGCAGAGGUUGGAUUUGAUAUGACUAUGGAUGCAAUUCUGGCCCGAGUAGAGCAGUUGGUGAAACUGGAAGGUGACGCGGUGGUUGAGAACAAGACUGUGGCAUACAGCCUCAGAAGGAAGCUAAAGGCUCAGAAAGAAAAACUUGAAAGCAAAGAGCUGCACAUGAGUCUUCUGCGGCAGAAAAUAACCCAGCUGGAAGAAGAGAAGCAAGUGAGGGCUGCCUUAGCUGUGGAAAGGGAUGAGGCCAAUCUUGCUGUCAGAAAGUUACAUAAAAUGAUAGAGAGGCUACAGAAGCAGCUUGAUCUGGCCAGGGAAACAAAUACUGAUCUCAAAGCCAAGCUGUCUGAAACCAGUGAACUUAAGAUCAAAACUUUGGAGCAGAGCAGAACAAUAGAGGAACUCAGUAAGUCUCAAGGCAAAUUGGAAAGAAUGAAAGAAAAAGCUGAGAAACAACUUAGAUCUGCCAAAUCAGAACUUCUUUUAAAGGAGUGUAAAGCUGCUGAAGACAAAGAAAAAACCAAAAAUAUGUUACAAGCAGUUACCAGUGAGAUGAAGGUGCUUAAAACAACCCUUGCAGAACUAGCAAAAAGAGAGAGACAGCUGGCAGAUUUCCGAGAGGUGGUCUCGCGGAUGCUGGGCCUUGACAUUGCCAGCCUGGCUCUUCCUGACUAUGAAAUCAUUACACGCCUUGACAGGCUGAUUCACUCUCAUCAGCACCAUUUCUUCCCCUGUGUCUGCCCCAAAGACAUGGCAAGGACCCCGCAGGAGCAGCAAAGAAACGUGCAGCUUCUUGACUGAAAGGAGACAGAGCAAAGUAAAAUUUUCUGUUUGCUUCCUUACCUGCUAGACACCCACAGAAAACAGAUCCUUGUUUUUGUUCCCUACUCUACAGACACCAGCUAGGGCUGAUUUUUAGAACUUCAAUAGCGAGACUGAGCGGAAUGGGUAGAGUAAAGUCAGCAGCCUGGAGAUGGCACACAGAAAAUCCCUGGGCAGCAUAAUACUUCAGUUAUGAAAAUGAUAGGCACCACAUCAACAAUACCCUCGAGUUUCACUGCAGAGGCAUUGAAGUCAUGGGUCACCCAAGGUCAGUUCACAGUUUUGAGAAGUUACUGAAUGUCCUCUUCAGUGGCACUGCUUGUGUUUUACCUCUGGGUGACAGAGACGAAACCAAGUAGAGGUAGUCCUGCUUCUGUUCCUCUUGCCACAUGGGACCUCUCUGCAUUUUUACACAUAAGGGCUUUAGCUUCAAGACAGUUAUCUGCAAGUUAGAGCAUUAUCUCAAUUUUGGAACAAGAGAUGUUUUUUGCUUCUGCUAGUUUCUUUUGUCUGCUCAUAUGGCAAAACAAAAAAUUUCGCUUUUGCAGCAAAGGCUUUCUCAAAAGGUCCUGUCAUGUGCCUCAUGUAGAUAUAUCUGGUAAAACUGGGUGUUGGCCUUGGUAAUGAUGCCUUGAAAAUUUUGCUUCCAGCUACUGUAUUCCAUGGGCAAUUAAUUCACAGGCCAAAUAAGUGGCAAUUCUUCUGGGUUAAUUAAAAAUUAUUUUUAAACUCUUGUUCACUACAGAAAAUAGUUGAACUACUAAAGUGUUUAUUUUCAGACAAGUGAUGAUGAGGUGUACAAAACUACCUCUUAGUCAUAAAAACUUCUUUUUGAGUGUUGUUAAACUUCAUGAUUUUUUAAAAAGAAAUAUGGACAAUAUAUCUGUUUUAAUAGCAAAUUCAAACUUGAUUCUGUAGUUUCAGCUUUCUCUUCCCAUUAUAUGUUUUCUACGGAUGUGUAGAACAGUAAAGAAGACUUACCUAUUUAUGUCUGACCAUUUGUGGGCUUUCUACAGUAUCUCAGCAAAUGAUGACCCACUCAGUAAAACUGAACACACUAUUUUAAGAAAAAUGACACUUUUUCAAGUAAGAGUGGUAAUUUUGGUACCUGGCUGGGGACUCAAAACAUGCUUUUAUUUCAUUUGCUUCUGAAGAAUUGUUUCUCAGUGACUUGCUGUAAAAUAAAAAAAUAAACACACAAGCUUUUGUAAAAUCAGUAAUUUGAGGAAAUAGAGAUAAAUCUUGUGUAAAUUCUUAUGCUUCUGUGGCUAACUGGAUUAAAAUAAAUUUAAUUUCUUGUUUUACAAUGUAACACUGUUUUGAGGGGAAUGACUUCAAACUGAAAGAGAGUAGGUUAGAUUAGAUAUUAGGAAGAAAUUCCUUUCUGUGAGGGCAGUGAGGCACAAGUUGGACUGAGAAGUUGUGGAUGCUCCCUCCCUGGAAGUGUUUAAGGCCAGGCUGGAUGAAAUGUAAUUUUUAGGCAUGAUAUGUUGAUUGAGAAUUUAGAGUGUGGGAAAGGAUGCAAUAAUUUUAUAAUUAUUUGUGAGAUAAUACAGGUAGUUUCACUUUGUGUUUUGUUGGUUUUAUAGGCACUUCUGUUUGAUUUAUUACUAAAGAACAAAACCUGUUUUCUUCAUCCACAUUAAUAUAUAUCAUACAGAGCAUGAUUUACUGUAUUUUGAAAAUUAAGUAAAUUGAAUUACAAAUUUAGGUCCACUCAGCCCAGAUAAUACAUUCAUAACAUUAAGAAAUAGUCUCUGAGACUGACAAUUAUAAAGUAAGUUUGCAUUGUGAAACGAUUUCCUGAUGUCUGCCUGUUCCUAGAGACUUGCAGCCUUCCUGUCGUUCUCGUUAGUCCCGUACCCUGCCACCCUGUGACCAGCCCUGGCACCAGCAGUGAAGUUCCAGCCCCACAGAAGCCACCAGCAGAGUUCUCAAAAUUAUUUCAGACAAGGCAGAUUUUCACAUGAAGUUCACAGCAAUGCUUCAUUACUGGUUUGCAUGCUAAGCAAGAAGAAAGAAUAAAGGUUUUCCAAUGCCUGUUUUUUUUCUUUUUAGCACAGCAGAUCUGUCUUUUCUGAAGUAUUACUGCUCACCAUGCUCCCAAAGGAAUAUGACCUAUUAUCUGACUACUAAUACUGCCUGUAUUUACUUUACUUUUGGAAGCGUACUGACACAUUUCUUCAUUUAGCCAAAGCAAAUAAAUAAAUAAAUAAAUAAGAAGCAAUUUGAUGGGAACAAAGUUCAGGUGAUUUUUGACUUACAUAAUUUAGGUUACCCCUGAAAGAACUGACUUUCAAUUUUCAAGGCUUGUUUCAUACAGCACGGAAGUUAGUCUUUGUUUUGGAAGAAAAGUUAGAUGAGGCUUAUAAAUGUUUUCAAUGUUUGUUUCAAAUGUUUUCUUCUGUUUUAAACCAAGAUGCAUUCAACACAAGACAGGCAUUGCAAGUGUGUGUUAAGGUUGCGUCAGCAGACACCCCUCCUCCUGUAGAUUAUUUUUCCUAGGUUUGUCUGUAUUCAUAAAAGGUGUGGGAUCAAGAGUUUUCUUUCUGUUCAUUAUUGCUCUUUUAUUGUGGUAAAAGAUUCUUGAUUUAUCAGCAGAACACAUAUGAAAAUAGAAGUAAUGUGUGUUAACUCCCAAAAUGGUACAGCUACAGAACUUCCUUUUUUUUCUCCAAAGAACAGCAGAACCAACUCCAAUGAAGGCAGCUUUACUACGAAGUGUUAAGGCAAAACUCAACAAAUUAAAAUGUUGCAACUGUAGAUAAUGAAGUGAAAUAAUUUACAUGCUAUAAACAUUGUAAAAAUAAAAUCACAAAGCAAAUAGGAAAACAAGUGUUAUAGUGUUAUGAGUGUAUUAAAGUACAUGGAACUGAA